GAUAGCUCAUAAACCUAUUUGUUCUUUUUUAUAUCAAACUAAUAAUUUAUUUUACCAUUAUAAUAAAAAUGGGAAAUCUUAAGAAAAAUUUAGAGAAACUAAAACACCCUAACAGUAGAAAAACUAUGACCUUAGCUAAGAAAUUGAAGAAAUCCGAGAAAAAGGAUCAAAGCAAACUGGGUACUCAUAUUAAGCAAAAUUUAAUCGGCGAAAAAAUAAUGUGGUUCAAAGAGAGAAUACCAGAGGAAUGCGAAGUUUUUGAUAAAGAACAGACACUGAAAUUAAUCGAAAGCUAUUUAAGUCGUUUCGAUGAAGAACUAGAACAGAUCGCAUUAAAAAAUUCAAUUGGGCAAAGGAAAAACCGUCAACACGCGAGUAGGGAAGACGUUAUAAAUAUGACGAGGAAAAAGGAACAGGACGAAUUUGAGACUUGCGGUAUAGAAAUACCGGAUUUAAUGGACCCACAACAAAUGAACGUGUUGAGGAAUUGGAAUGGUGAACUAAGAUUUCUUCAGCAUUUUAAGUUAAAAAGAUUUACUAAGAAAAAUUUGAUGUAGUUUCUUUAAGGUUCUAACUCUUCUUCAGAAACACAGGUGUAAGAGAUUAGAGAUCCAUUAUUAGAGUAAAAUAGUGUCAGCUACAACCUCAAACAUAUUAUAGAGCUAUAUAAGCUAUAUUAAAAAAUAAAUAGAACCUUUAUAGACGUUAACUAACAAACAACAAAUAUUGAAACAGCAUUGUUAUUGAACUAUAUAUUGUUAUUGUUAUGCUUGAAAUGUUAGAUUAA